AUGGCAGCCACGACGACAACGAUUGAAGCGAAACGGGGAGGGUCAAUUGACGACAAGGAGGAACAGGAGCAGGCGAAGGAUAAGGCGAUUCCUCCUCCGCCGCCGCCGGAGAAGCCUGAGCCGGGAGAUUGUUGCGGCAGCGGGUGCGUGAGAUGCGUGUGGGACGUUUAUUACGAAGAGCUGGAGGAUUACAACAAAGCGUACCCGACCGGCGGAUCCGCAUCCAGUUCGCAACCUUCUUGA